AUGCGGAGGAGGCCCUUUGUUUUGGCGCUGUGCUUGCAUGCCUUCUGCGUUGAGGCGGCUGAGUCUCAGCCCUCAGGCGACCUGCUCGACGAGAGGCGGCGUUCCAAGCACUUUCUGCAGAAGUCACUGGUGCAAAGCCACCACAAACCACAGUCUGAGGAGACAAAGACCCUGCAAGACUCAGCUCAGAGAAAGCGCCUGUCAGCCAGUGGGCAACAAAGUUUGCGAAGUGGCAGAGAUGGCUUUGAAGAAGAGAGAGAAUUCAUUGAUGAAUUCAGCUCUGAGGAGACUCCCCCAACCAAAGCCGGGUGGGAUGGAGCUGGUUUCUGUCCCAACUGCUUUCCUGAGAAUGGCACUGGUGGAUCUCGUCCUUCCGUGUCUGAUUUUCCAUCACAACCAAGCGAUUUUCAGAGCAUUCAACCAACGCACUAUCUCAAAAAGAAGUUGGUUGGCAGUUUGCUCAGAAGACACAGAAGACUUCAAGCUCAAGGUUGUCCUUCAGAGGAUUUGCUGAAUGCAAUGAAUGAUGAGACAUGUAGCAUCGUCAAUGAGAUUGCCCGCACUGACCGUGGGAGCUAUGCCGGGCAGACGACCAGUUUCGAUGCUUUUCUGGUACUUGCUGACUGUGGUUACAUGUCCUACCUGAUAUGGGGUGCAAUUGGUGGCACCCUGUCGGGUAUGGGUCCUGGUGCUUUAGCUAUUUUGGGCAUUGUUUUGAUGUGCUGGCCGAUUGGAGCCUGCAAGGUGUUGUGUAGAUGUUGUCGGAGAUGCUGCUGCCGGUGCUGCAGAGAAGCACCAGAGGUGCGAUCCAUAGGGAAAGUAAAGAAAACGUUGAUCCUCCUUCUCUCCGUUGCUGGGGUCGGUGGUAUGGCAGUUUUGCCACUGGCAGGUGUCAUGGGAAACCUGAAAGAAGGACCAUCACUUUACCAGGAUGCGGACUGUGCAGCCAGGUUGUUCCUGAAAUCAGCUCUGGGGGACACUGCGGCCAUCGGCAGCUCCGGCAGCGUCGCAGUGACCACAGAGCCACCUCAAGGUGCUAACUCAACCAGGAGGCUUCAAGCCUCUUUCAUGGGGCUAGCUGAAGCUUACCAACAGGUGCAAGCUGUAUCCACGGCAGUGACCUCCCUGGCAUCGACCGCUGCUCAGGCUGCCAGCCAAGAUGGCGGUGCUACCGCAUCGAUUCAAGAGUCUGCCGCACUUCUGAGGCUUAUCCAAGAUUCGCUUGGAAACCAGAUCACAGUGGAUGGGUUUACGUGCCAGUUCUGUCAGAGUUGUUGCGGAUCUCAGGCAGAUUUGGUGCCCCAGCUGCUCUCGAAAGUGGAGGGUGGCAAUGUGGGCUCCGUUGUCAGCCUUCACGAUGAUUUCCAGGAAGAAACUGGGUCCCGAAUCACUGCUCUUCGCAACGCAGCCACAACCGCAGGCAAUGCGAUUGCCCUGCUGCAAACUUCGGUGGAAGCUGGCCCGGUACCAGCGGUUAUACUCGGCGCGGAGUUCUUUAAUGAUUCGACGCUGGAGCUGGUCGGCAUGGCAUUUGAAUUUGGGGCUGUCCCAGUUGCCGGGAUUGGAAUCCUGUUCAUCUUCUACAGUUUGCAUUGGUGCUGCUGCCUGCGAAGAUGCAAGAUUGACCGAAAGGAUCAUCCUGCACCUCAAUGGGCAGCCUUUGGUUGGUGUGGAGGCUGCCUUGGUGCUUUUCUGGGAGCUGGGCUGAGCCUUGCAAGCUUUGCACAUGCAUUUGUCAGCAUGGAGAUGUGCAUCAUGAUGGAGAGCAUGGGAACAACAGAAGGAAUCACAAGGUUUGUUUUCCUUGGGCUUGAUGGAAGCUCUGCAGAGGCUGUGGCUGCGAGGUCGGCAUCUCUGGCUUGCACAGGUGAUGUGACAGGUGGACGAGAUUUGUAUCCUCUGCUGGGGCUGUCUGUGCCAGUCCAGGGACUUUCGACAAUGCAAACAGAAUUGGCCAAUGUUUUGAGCAUGGACUUCUCCACCAUCCUCGCCGAGUACCAGACAUUGAGCAACCAGGCGGCUGUACCACAAACAGAUGCACCAGCAGAUCCCUCAGCGGCGGCCUACACCUGCUACACUUGGGUGAGUGCAUCGCAGGCACCCUCGAGCUCCUCUUGUGAUUGGCCGACGUUUCAGACGAAUAUGCAGACCUUGGUUCAGCUUGCCUUUCAAACAGGGCAAGAUAUCUCGAAUGAGCUUCCAGUACUCAGUCAAUCUGGUGGCGCUUGGGACAACAUGCAGGCGGAGCUACAGGCUGUUGUAAGUCUUCAAAGUCUUGCUGACCUUCAAUCUGGCCUGGACUGUCAGCAGGUCUUUGAUGACUGGCAAGUCGCACAGGACCAGGUUUGUGGUGGCCUCGCGACAAAGAACUCGGAUAUUGGAUUUGGUUGGAUGCUUGCUGGAGCUUGUGGUUUUCUUGGUGCCCUGGGCCAAUAUUGGAUUUGGCGGCUUCUGAAAGACAAUCGCUGUCUCUACCUGGACGAGCAUGAAGACUUGAAGCCCAAAGGUUGCCGAAGGCUUUUCUGCUGCCUUUGUGCGACCUCGUUGGGUGAUGACAAUGAUGAAGGAAAACCAGAUGUAGAGGAGCCGGUGAGCAACGAGCCCAGUUCGCAACCUGGCUCUAAGAAAGGAGGUGCCAAAACCAGCGUGGCUUCCCAACGGAUCGUCGAGCGCUUCUUAGAGACCCCGGAUGCAGCGAUUGAGAAUAAUGUGGGAACCUUCCUCGACAAUGAGAUCUUUCCCGCGUAUGAUCCGGUGUUCACCACCAUGGCAGUGGGUGAGCGUGUGGCAUCGUGGAAAGCGCUUGAAAAGGAGAAGCAAAGCCGAGGCGAUGCUGAAGUACCAGAUCCUGGGGAAGCACCCACAGAUCCAGCUUCCUUGCUGGCAGACUACGGAGAAUGUGGUGCGGAUGGCGUUCCCAUUGUUGAUGCAGAUGGUGAGAGCUUGGACAAGAAGACAAGGGCAAGAUUGAAGAAGGACCUUGCCCUUUUGCAGAAGCCGUGGGAGAAGUGGCAGAAAGAAAAAGCCAAGUACGAUGCGUACUUGCUUUCCAAGAUACGUAAGAACUGCCUGGAACAAUUUGCAGAGGUGCAGUACACUGAGGACGUGGAACACCUGCGACCUUUGUCUCCAACUUCAAGGGAACCUUUGGUGGUCGUUGUCCAAGAAGUGCCGGAAGACACCACGAGAGCUGUUUGGUCUGACGAGAUUGCGCAAGUCGCAGCCGACAGAUUGGACCCCAAAGUUCGUAAGGAGAAGAAUGUGAUCAAGAAGCUGAAAGGAAUAGAGGCGAAGUGCUUCGGAUCCUUUGAAGUACAGCAACCGCUUAUGAACAAACUAAGGGGGCUUGGCGAUGAUCCGGCCGUUUGGGAUGGCGUCAAGAUUGAAAAGAGUUCGAAGAUGAAGUUUCCCAAAGAGCCACAAGAACCAAAAGGUUUAGUGGACCCUGGAGACCUUUUCAAAAGUGGAAAACAUGAAGGAAAGUAUAGUGAUUUCGACAGCAAAGGGGUCCCAACAAAGAUGGAAGAUGGCUCAGAGAUCGAUGAAAAGAAAAAGGCAUCAUUGCAAAAAGAAUCUGACGCAGCUAGGAAGAAAUGGGAUGCACAUCAAGCAGCAGUGGCCAAGUAUCACCGAGACCUGGAACUGUUCGAGAAGCAACAGGAUGGAGAGGAAGGGGUUCCGGAGAAACAAAAAACUGCUGCAUGCGAGGCCGCUGCAGUUGGCAUUUUGCGCAAGCUUGUGGAUAAAGUCAUAUCGAAGCAUGCAGUGGACUUAGCCAGUGAGAUUAAUCAAGGUUCCAGGGAUCCCGACGAGCUUGCCUCUUUGGUUGUCAAGGUGUCGCUUGAGCAUGAAGACAAAACUACGGAUCCCAUACUGAAAGCAUUGAAAACAGUCGACAAGAAGAAGCGCAGUGGGAAAACGCAAAUUGAAGAAUUGCCAGAAGUGUUUAGGCUGCUGAAAGAGGACGAGUUGCAAGUUGGAAGCCACGUGUGUUUCGGAGAUAUCACUGAAGACGAGAUCAACUUCAUAACAGGCUGCCUGGAGGGCCAUGAUGAUGGCAUAGGUCAUGAGGAUUUGAAGGCUUUCCUGGAGAAUCAAGACUUGGAGGUGAUAGAUGGAAAGGCCACUACAUUAGCCGGUUGUUUGGUUGCCAUGCGUUUGGAGAGCUUCCAGACUGACCGUGGUGUGGAGCGAUUGAUGAGCCCUAGAACAUGGCGAAUUCAGCUUGGUACAAGUCUUCCAGCUGAGAGCGCAGCUGAAUCAAAUCAGGAGCCAGCUCAAGCAAACCAUGGUGCAAAAGAAACUGACGAAACCAAAGGGGCCGAUGAAGCGAAAGAAGGUCAAGAAAAAGGAGUGACGGAAAAGAAGGACAAAAAGGAGAAGAAGGAGAAGAAAGACAAGAAAGAAAAGAAAGACAAAAAAUGA